ACGUACACUCACACAGACGCACAUCCGCGCACACAGAUUCUGUCGCUAUUCCUCACGCAGUUUACGCUCACUCCUUCCGUUUGCUGCUCCGCGCUUACCAUCCUCUACGAGAAUUGCGCUACGGUCACUGGCGAGCUUUUCAGCUGGUUAGCCAAACAUCCACAGAAAAAGAGAUGAGCAGGAAAACGAGACGGAGAAAAUAAGAACAGUUUACACCCAGCUAGACACAUAUCGACACAAAUAUAAUCUGUGUAGGUGACGUUGAAACUUCGGCACACAGCAGUCCUCACACCUGGGGGCCAAAGCUUCACCUGGCGUUCUGUGGGACCGAGCAGUUGUGUGACAGUGGUGAAGUACAGAGGUCCAGCACCAAUAGGAUUGCGUGCUCUGAAACCAACUAAGACCUGUUUUUGGUCGUACCUGAAUAUCAGAUGCAAGAAAGGGGAACCUCUGAAAUCCUUUUCUACCUCUGAACACUUUCUGCUGUCGAAGUCUGUUCUGAGGUUGGGUGCAUGGGUGUUGUGCUGACUGACAGCAGUCUGUUGUCAUGGUGGACUGGUUUGUCUGAGCCUGAAGCUAGCGUAGCUUCCCAGUUUCAUAUAGCAUGUUAGCAUAUGGCUAGCCACGUAUGGUGACUGAUCAGGCCAUUAUACUCUUCCCCUCCAUCACCAUCUCUGGCCCCCUUCAAGGGGGUAUAAACUAGUUGGUAGUGGUGCCCCCUUACCCCGUCAUCUUUUCAUUUCUCUUUCAUUUAGUCAUCUGUCCACCUCACCCAAAAGUCAUCAGCUUUUGCUUUCUUUCGCUCUCAUCAGCACUCAUCACUUUUUCUUGGUACUAAGAACUCUUUCGCUUUUUAUUUUUUUAUUUUAACUCACCUCCAGUCCUUUAUGGUUGUCACUUCUUUCCUUUGAAUUCUUCUCACAUCUGUCCCUGUUCAUCUUAAGUUGCUACAGCUCAAUCCCUGCUCAGUUUAAUUCGCACUUUGGCCAAGCCUAGACCAACCCGACGUCUGACAGCGAAGCCGCUAGGCAGUUGUUUUGGUAGUUGUUUUGGUUGCAUGGAAUCGGCUUAACCGUGGAGAGACCAGGCUACCACAAACUGAUGGACUUUGACAAGCGAGGAGUAGGAGGAGGAGGAGGAGGAGGAGGAGGUGGUGGUGGUGGUGGUGGUGGUGGAGGAGGUGGUGGAGGUGGAGGAGCUGGAGGGAAGGCGGAGACAGAGGAGGGGAAAAGGAUGCCUGGUAAGACGGGGAGUCGAUCAGGGCACAGUGGCCGGGGUGCCAGCUCCAACUCCGGGGUUCUGAUGGUCGGACCAAACUUCCGCGUCGGAAAGAAGAUCGGCUGUGGGAACUUUGGAGAGCUGCGACUUGGAAAGAACCUGUACACCAAUGAAUAUGUGGCUAUCAAACUGGAGCCUAUCAAGUCGCGGGCCCCACAGCUCCACCUAGAAUAUCGCUUCUACAAACAGCUGGGAAGUUCAGAGGGCGUACCACAGGUGUUUUACUUUGGACCGUGUGGUAAAUACAAUGCUAUGGUUCUGGAGCUACUGGGACCAAGCUUAGAAGAUCUGUUCGACCUCUGUGACCGGACCUUCUCUCUGAAGACUGUACUUAUGAUAGCCAUACAACUGAUAACCCGUAUGGAGUUUGUCCACACCAGAAGCCUGAUCUAUCGAGACGUGAAGCCUGAAAACUUCCUGGUGGGCCGACCUGGCUCCAAACGCCAGCACACCAUCCACAUCAUAGACUUUGGCCUUGCGAAAGAAUACAUAGACCCAGAGACCAAGAAACACAUCCCAUACAGAGAACACAAGAGUCUGACUGGAACUGCUAGAUAUAUGAGCAUCAAUACACAUCUGGGGAAAGAGCAAAGCAGGCGGGAUGACCUGGAAGCUCUGGGCCACAUGUUCAUGUACUUCUUGCGAGGCAGCCUACCCUGGCAGGGACUCAAGGCUGACACUCUGAAAGAACGUUAUCAGAAGAUAGGAGACACGAAGAGAGACACACCCAUAGAGGUCCUCUGUGAAAGCUUCCCAGAAGAGAUGGCCACCUACCUGCGGUACGUGCGUCGGCUGGACUUCUUCGAGAAGCCAGAUUACGACUAUCUGAGGAAACUCUUCACGGACCUCUUUGACAGAAACGGAUACAUCUUCGACUACCAGUACGACUGGACUGGAAAGCCACUGCCCACUCCCAUUGGUCCAGUGGCCAGUGAGACUCCACUUCAGACGAGCAACCGAGAGAAAGCACCGCAGACCAAAAACCAGGUGAUGAGUUCCACCAAUGGGGAGCUGAACACAGACGACCCCACUGCAGGACACUCCAACGCACCAAUCACAGCCAAUGCGGAGGUGGAGGUGGCUGAUGAUACCAAGUGCUGCUGUUUCUUCAAGAGGAGGAAGAGGAAAGCUCUCCAGAGACACAAAUGAAAACGGGAGAGGAGAGAGAAGCCCUGGUCCCGACAUGGUUUCUCUCUUGUCUAGUCCUGGAGCCCUCUUCAUGUUACCCUCUCUUUCUCUCCCCACCCCCCCCCACCCCCUCCCUCCCUCAGUCCUCCCUCUGACCCUCAUUCUCUGCUGUUGGAGGUCCUGUAGUUAACCUCGAGUUGGCUGGACCGGCUGGGCCACAGGGCAGCAGGAUUUGUUUGCUAAGCAGAUCUACUGGUCUCUACUGGUCUGGAACGACCGGACAGGCAGAGUGUUUGCUGUUCCACCUGGGAGCUUUAACUGUGGACCAGCUGUACCAGCGCUGGAGGCUUCUUGUAUUUAUGGUCACAAACUGAACUGAACUGAAACUGGAUCGACACAAACUGCUGGGGGGAAACAAGUGACCACAAACAGCUGAUGGACUGUAAAAGGCUAGCUGAUUGGCGGACGGACUGGAUUCAGCUGGUUUACUGGCAGACUGGCUGGUUCUCUAUUUUUUGGUGUUUUGGUUUUUUUCUUCCUUACUGACUGGUUCAGAUGAGAGAGAGAAGUGUUUUUCUGAGGAGAUACAGAAGAGAGGAACACAAGGGAGAUGGGAAGCAAUGAGACUGCCGGACCACACGUGCACACAAAACAAACACACACACACACACACACACACACACACACACACACACACACACACACACACACACACACACACACACACGUACAAACACGCUGCACACGUUCUCGAGCUCAUCACAAAGAGACUUCAUGGACUAAAAGAUGCAGCUCUCGCAUAUAGUCUAUAAAGUUUUUAUUCUCUAGGGUCAAAGGAAGACACCGUGAGCGGCUUGGUCUAUUUCCUGGAACAGACUGGGCUCAGUGUACUUCUCAGACACAUUCACCCUCAGAGGAAAAACCUCACAACCACCAGAAUCAAAAGUUUAAAAAGAUGUUUAUGUGAAAACUAUGCUUUUUCCUGUUUUAAUUUGUAACUAAAAAAACUGUCUACAAUUUGGAGCCUGUGUUUUUUUUCUGUCUUUAUGCGUUCUAAAAGUUUGUGUUUUGUAGCUUGGAGUGUGUCCCUCAAAAUGUUUCUUUUUUUUCUUUUUUUAAUAACUUGUAAUUUUAAUUUUCUGUUGUUUUUUUUUGCUCUUUCUCUCUGGGUUGGAGGAUAGAAAGUUGAAUAACUCCAUUAAAAAACAACCAAACAAAAUAAAAGCUGAUCUUUAUUUAAGGGAAUCGUGAACAAUAUUUGUUUCAGUGUUUGAUAUUUGUUCCUAUGUUGGAGUGCAUCAUUUAACUUGGCCUUAACUGAGGAUACAGUGUAAUCAUACAGACAGGUCAGGACAUCUGAUCUAAAGAAUCAUUCUAAAGAUUUGUCAGAGAAGACUCACACCAGAUUGCCACACCAGAAAUAACUGGUACGGGAUAAAACCAGGUACAGAU